AUGCUGUUCCAAGCAUUCAUGCCAUUUGAGCUUGAUGUAGAUGGUGAUAUCACAAUUUUUGGCGUGAGAAAAGGGGCUGGUCCACCGCUUCUCCUUCUGCAUGGAUUUCCAGAGAAUCAUCUCAUGUGGCAUCGCAUAGCCCGUCGAUUGGCACAGAAAUACUCAGUAGUGGCAAUUGACCUCAGGGGCUAUGGCAAAUCUUCAAAGCCCGCAGGGGAUGACUCACACGCUAUCUACAGCAAAAGGACAAUGGCGAAAGAUUGCAUCGCCGUGAUGACCAAGCUUGGGCACGCAAAGUUCUAUAUCUGUGCGCACGAUCGAGGAGCCCGCGUGGCUCACCAGCUCUGUAUUGAUCAUCCGUCUCACGUUGAGAAAGCCAUAUUGCUCGACAUUGCUCCCACCCUGGCGAUGUACGAGCAGGCUGACAUGUUAUUCGCAACGGCCUACUAUCACUGGUUUCUGCUAAUCCAGAAAAGCCCCUUCCCGGAAACCCUGAUCUCUGCUAAUCCUGAAGCAUUCAUGGAUUAUCAAAUGGGCGGACGACAUAGUCCAACCAUUCAGAUCUUCGAUUCAGAGGCCUAUGACUCAUAUUUGGAAGCGAUGAGAGAUCCCGCAGCAGUGCACGCCAUGUGCGAAGACUACAGAGCUGCAGCGACUAUCGACCUGGAGCACCAAAGAGAAGACAUCAAAGAGGGGAGAAAGAUACAAUGUCCCCUAAUGAUUCUCUGGGGCAAGAACGGGCUAAUUGAGAAGAAAUAUGAUGCUAUUGCAGAAUGGAAGAAAGUCUCUGCCUCCACGGUCGAAGGUGAGGCACUGGAUUGCGGCCACUACAUCCCCGAAGAACUGCCCGAAACUCUCCUUGAAAAGAUAGAGACUUUCUUAACCGACUAA